AUGCAGCUGCCAGGCCAGUCCUCCCGAAACACCCUGGCAAGAAAAAGAGGACAGUUUUGUCCCAGGGAGACAACUGAUGGGGACUGCUGGAAUUGGGUGCCCCCCCCGCCCCGCCCCGACUUCAGGAGCCACAAAGGGCGGCCAGGGCGCACACACUACCACCGCCACCCCAAGCUUGCUCGGGUCCCGGCAGAGCCGCGGUACAGUCAGGCGCGCGCGAGCAGCCUUCCCGGCCGGCCACGGAGAAGCCGGCCGGCCACGAGGCGGACACAGACGGCGCGGACAGCAGGCGCCCUCGCUCCCCCACCCCCACCCCACGCCCGGCUCUCCGCGGUGGCUCAGGCGCGGGCGGACCGACGGGGAUCCCAGGCACCAGGCGAGCGCGGGACGCUCCGGAGGAGGCGGGAGAGCCUCGGGCCCGCCGCUCGCUUCCUCCGGGGUGCCGCGGCUUCCCUGCGCUCCCGCCCAAAGCCACCCCCCACCCACCCCCCGGCUGCCCCUGCUCCUCUCGGCGCCCGCUGCCCGGCUCCCCUCCGCCGCCCACGGCCCACCCGAGGACUGGACAGCCCUGCCGCCCAGCGCUGCCUUCGUCCCGACGCGGCAGUGGGGGGCGGGGGGCGGACGGACCCCCACUCCGCGGGAGAGGCGGCAGGGCGGGGCCUCGGCCGCAAGGAGCCGCCUGACAGUCCCGGGAAGUGGGGGGGGGGGGCACGAGCUGCGCGUCAAGUCGAGGGGCCACCGUCCGAUUGGGCGCCCAGGCGUGAACCCGCAGGCAACCCCCGCUUUGCCGUGAACAUCGACGGGGCCGAAGCGCCCAGACUUGCUGCCGGGGUUGGCCUCGCCUCCCUGCGGGCUUGGCACACGCGGGCCCCCCUGCGAAGAAGAGACCCUCCGGCUGCGCCCGGUGUCCUCCGCCCUCGGAAGCGGCGGGAAGCUCUCCUGGACAGCCGUGAACGCCCCCUGCGGGGAGAGCGGAGGCGUCCCGCCCAGCGCCCCUCUUCCGCCUCCCCCGGCCGCCGGGACCGGCCCACUCGCUGCGGCUGCAAACACCGGCCUACCCCCACCCCCCCACCCCGUCCCGCCCGCAGCCGGCUAGUCGCGGCCCUCAGCCAGGCGCCCGUCGUGCCUCUCCUGGGGCGGUCUCCAACUUCGCCAGCUGGACGAGAACAGGAGGGGCGUCGAAUCCCAGCUCGCUCAGCCCUCCCAAGCCACAGCUCUGGCCCACCGGCCCCAGCGAAGGACCGAGGGGAGGCGGCCCCCGACGUCGCGGCCAGCCGCAGCAGCAGACCCCCUCACUCACUCACCCCACGUGCUCGGCUCCAACGGCGCGGGGCCCCGACGGCCCAGGCCCCCCGGCGGCAGCAGCGGCGCCUCUUCCUCGCCUCCCCGCCCGCCGAGAGCGGCAGCCCGGGUCGCAGCCCCAGGGCGGCACGACAACCCUCCUCCGCCCGCCGCCACCAAGAGCCGCCGGGCUUGGGCUGGGCGCCCCGGGAGCUGGGCCGCGGUAGAGGAGGCCGCCGUCGAGUGGGUUCUCCGCGUGCGGGCCAUUGGCUUUAUGGAGCGCGCCCGGGCAGCGGCCCUCCAGCCCCGCGCGUCCCGCCCCGCGCCCCGAUUGGCACGGCCGGCCCCGCCCCCCGGCGCCCCCCUUCCCCCGGCGCUGUGGCAGGGAGAGGCCGCCCCGGGCUUCUGCCAGCCCCCCUCCCCCCGCGCCCAGGCCAGGAAGCGGCAGCCGGAGCCGUUCGACCACCCAGCCCACCGGGAGGCCGGGCCCAUGCCGCCCGUCGAGGCCGAGCGGACCGCCUGACUACCCGCCUUGGGUAG